AUGUCGACAACUCAAUCUCCAAUUCAACAUCAUAUUCAAAUUAAAGAAAGUUGGCUUGUUGGGAAAGCUUUAUUGAACUUCACGUCCCUUUUCGUGACCCUUGGGGUUCUUAGUUUUGGCUUUGAACAAGGGUUAUAUGCAUCCUUGAUUACAAAUGAAUAUUUCAAAGAAUACUAUAAUGAACCUACACCAGCAGAAAUUGGUAUCAUGGUAGCUAUUUUAGAACUCGGUGCUUUGUUUUCAUCAUUUUUGGCUGCACAAGCUGGUGAUCUUCUUGGAAGGAAAAAAGCAAUUAGAUACGGUGCCGCAAUAUUCUUUAUUGGUGGUUUUAUCCAAUGUAUUUCACCUAGUAUUUUGUGGCUUAGUAUUGCAAGAUUAAUCAGUGGGGUGGGUAUUGGAUUCUUAACUACAAUUGUCCCAAUGUACCAGUCUGAGAUUAGCCCUGCUGAAGAUCGUGGAUUUUAUGCUUGUGUCGAGUUUACAGGUAAUAUUGUCGGAUAUGCAGCCAGUAUUUGGGUUGAUUUUGGCUUUUCAUUUAUCAAUAAUCAUUAUAGUUGGAGAGGUCCUUUGAUUGUUCAAUUCUCUCUUGGUGUGUUAUUAUGGGCUGGUACUUACAUAAUUGUUGAAACUCCAAGAUGGUUAUUAAACCAUGACCAUGAUUUAGAAGGAAUGAUUGUCAUUGCUGAUUUAUACUCCGAUGGUGAUGUUGAAGAUGAUCAUGCUAUGAAUGAAUAUAGAAACAUCAAAGAAGGUGUUUUAGUUGACAGAAUCGAAGGAGGUGAACGUUCUUAUCAAUAUUUGUUUAAACGUUAUGCCAAAAGAUUGUCUGUUGCAUGUUUUGGAUUGUUAUUUGCCCAAUUGAAUGGGAUCAAUCUUAUUUCCUAUUAUGCUCCUAUGAUUUUCGAAUCUGCUGGUUGGGUUGGAAGAGAAGCUAUUUUUAUGGCAGGUAUCAAUGCUAUAAUUUAUCUUAUCAGUACCAUUCCUCCAUGGUAUUUGGUUGAUUCAUGGGGUAGAAAACCUUUGUUGAUGACAGGUGCAAUUGUCAUGGGUAUACCAUUAUACAUUGCUGGGUAUUCACUUUAUUUAAAUGACACAUUCACUCCUACCGUUGUUGUUGCAUGUAUUAUUAUAACGAAUGCGGGUUUUGGAUUUUCCUGGGGAGGAAUUGGUUGGCUUUUACCUUCAGAAGUUUUACCGUUAUCUGUACGUUCAAAAGGAGCAGCCUUGGCCACUGCUACCAACUGGCUCUCAAACUUUUUGGUUGGAUUUGGAUCUCCUAUUUUAUUGGAUCUUAUUAAGUGGAAAACAUAUUUGAUUCCUGCAACUUCAUGUAUCAUCUCAUUUGUCGCCGUGUGGUACUUGUUUCCAGAAACAAAGGGAUUAUCAUUAGAAGAGAUGGGGUCGGUAUUUGAUGAUAAAUCUUCAAUUUUCUCAUAUCAUGGUUCUGGAAGUGUUAGUGGAACUAGUGGAAGUAUUUAUGGGUCGACUGAUCUUGGUAGAAGACCAUCAGUUAAUGAAUCAAUUCCAGCAUCAGAACCAAUUCACCAAUCUGCUGCUUCGAUGGCAAGAAAUCCAGGCACUGCUCAACCACAUUUAGAUGGAAUUAUCACUGGUGCUGCACCACCACCAAUAAGACCAGUUAAAUCUGAUGUUGGAGAUGUUUCAUCAUUUGAUGGAAGUAAUGCUGGUUCUAGUAGUGGUAUUGUUCAAGAGAUUGAACCUCCAACAUUAGAACAAAUCCUUAAAUUCAAAGCAGAAGAACAAGCAAAACCAAAUAUGUUGGUUGCUUCUUUCCAAGCAUUAUUUGGUAAGAAAAAGGCAACAUCAGCAUCAUCCAACGAUGAGGAGAGUAGAUUAUUGGGAUAG